AACCAAAUGAACCAAUCAGACGGAAAAAGGUAAAAUACAUUUCAAUCCAGUUGAAACUUUUUCACGCCACAGAAUAGGUUAACAUCAAACCAACUGAACAUCAACACUUUUUUUCACCAAAUCACUUUUUUAGUUCCAUUUUCGGUCAUUUUUCGUUUUCCAUUCACACCAACCAAUUUGGUUCCAAUUUGAUCACAAAUUUGAUCACAUCAACCUCGGACUAACCAGGUCAAUCUUUUGCUGUGUUAUUGUUACAGUGAAAAAUCAGUUAAUGUACAUCAAUGUGAUUAAUGGUUCUGUGAAUUGUGGUUCAACAUUGUGAUUUACAAUUGUGUCUCUCUGUGUUCAACUAACUGAGUUAAAUGUCAAUCAAUGAGAUUGUAAAUAUGUCAGCAACAAGUCCACUCAAUAUAAGACCUUAUCUGACAGGUUAUCCCUUUCAAGGCCAAGGAAGAGUGAAUCAACUUGGAGGUGUUUUCAUCAACGGACGACCUUUACCCAACCACAUUCGGCUUAAAAUUGUUGAACUUGCCGCUGCUGGUGUAAGGCCUUGUGUUAUAUCUAGACAGUUAAGGGUUUCCCAUGGAUGUGUUUCAAAAAUACUCAAUAGAUAUCAGGAAACAGGAAGCAUACGACCUGGAGUGAUUGGAGGAAGCAAACCGAGAAUCGUUUCACCCGAAGUGGAAAGGCGAAUAGAAGAGUAUCGUCGUGAGAAUCCGGGAAUUUUUUCCUGGGAAAUUCGAGAUAAAUUAAUAAAAGAAAAUCUAUGUGAUAGGCAAACGGCGCCCUCAAUAUCCGCUAUAAGCCGUUUAUUACGUGAUGGAAAUCAUGGAUCUAGUUCGAGUGGAAGCGGAAGCGGAGGGUCAAAUGGUUCAGGAGGAUCAAAUGGUCCUGGUGGUGGGAAUGGUCACAAUGGCAAUGGGUCGACCACAGGAAUGGAUUCAAUGUCAACUAAAGCCGGUAAACAUAGCAUCGCUGGUAUUCUUGGUGGUGGUGGCAUUGCAAAUGGUAGUCCUGUCAAUGGUGGACUUAAUGGUUGUAGUGGUCUGGUUAAUGGUGGUGGUGGUUGUGGUGGUGUUAAUGGUAAUGCAGGUAAUGGUGGAUUAGUGAUAGUAGGAGGAGGAGGAGGAGGAGGCCACAGUGGUGGUGGAGGUGGUAGUAUUGGUGCUACUUUUGUGGGUAGUUUGGGAACAACUCACAGUCACUCAAUUCAUCCACCUCCACCCGAGUCUUGCAACAAGUCAAGGGAAACAGAUGAAUGUGAUGAUGAUGCAAGUGACAGUGACACUGAACCAGGAUUAACAUUGAAACGGAAACAGCGUCGAUCGAGAACCACUUUUACCGCAAUGCAACUGGAAGAGCUUGAAAAGGCCUUUGAACGAACCCAAUAUCCAGACAUUUAUACAAGAGAAGAGCUUGCCCAAAGAACCAAAUUAAGUGAAGCUCGAGUUCAGGUAUGGUUUAGUAAUCGACGUGCUCGGUGGAGAAAGCAAGUGGGAAGUCAACAAAUCCAAACUGGAUUUGGAUCGCCGUUUGGUAUUCCCACCAUGCAUCCAAGUUAUGGAGCAUCAUCAGCACCUUCAUAUUUCAUCCCAACAACACCAACAAGUGAUCCUGUACCAUAUUCAUCUCUCGGUUCAAAUCAAUCAGGAACAAGUUUACCAGGUAACUCAUCAUGGCCCAGUUGUAGUGAGGCAACACGACAAACUACAUCAAGUUUAACAGCCGCUGCAGCUGAUUGCACUGGUUCUUACCUUUCUACCGGAAGAUUACCAUUUCAAACACAGUUUUCAAGUCCCAACGUUCCAACAUCGUUAGCAGUUAGUUCAGGUUAUGGUAACAGCAAUAUAACUCCAGUUAGUAGCAGUUAUUUCCCUUCCAAUCAUGUUUUCUGUAACAAUUUGAUGGAUGAUUAUGUAGUUCAACCCGAAAUUGGUUCAGUCUCUGGUUCUGUUGGUAUUUAAUGAUAAAUCUCAUUCUAAUUAAUUUACUAUUAUUACAAUUAUAAUUAUUAUUAUUAAUAAUAUUAUUAUUACAUAAAAAAUAAAUACAAUGACAACAAACCAUCAUUUCCCUAAUCAUCUAUUUUACAAUCUCUCUCCUCAUCAAUCUCUUUUUUCAACCUUUUCAAACAAAUUAUCUAUUCAUCAUAAUCUUUCCUCUUUCUACUCUUUUUUUUGUUGAUCCUUUCCUUUCUCACAAUCAAACAAAACACACAUAAAGGUUAAUUAAGUGAAAACUAAUUGUCAAUUGAUCAUUGUAAUUAUUAUAACAAACAAAGCGAAAAGCAACCAAAAUAAAACGCACAAAAAAUCUUUCAA